CUCCAGGAAGCUGCUGUAACUUCCAACUGUACAUUACUCCGCCUUUUUGGGAACACUUUCGCAUUAGUUUUAGUUCAAAGGGUGAUUAGCGAUUAAAAGUUUUAAUGUUCACACUUUUCGUGGGUAGUAGUUAAAAUCGUAAACAGAAACAAAAUUUGCGAUUAAAAAUGACAUCCCCUCCUGUUGCGUCCUGUCUCUUGGCUAACUAUUCCAUUGAAGCUCCACGAUGUGCAAGUUCAUAAAGUGGAUGAGUACCUGCAAGACCUCCAGCUUUCCGAUGAGACGCUAAUGGAUUUGUCGAUGCGUUUUCGUCGAGAGAUGGACAAAGGCCUGUGUCGAGAUACCAACCCCACAGCGGCUGUCAAGAUGCUGCCCACGUUCGUUUGCUCCACACCCGAUGGAACAGAACAAGGCGAGUUUCUGUCACUGGAUCUUGGAGGAGCAAACUUCAGAGUGUUGUUGGUCAAAGUGGUGUCGGGUGAGAAUCGCAGAGUGGAGAUGAAAAAUGAAAUUUACGUCAUUCCUGAAGAUGUCAUGAGAGGCACUGGCUCUGAGUUUUUUGACCACAUUGCUGCCUGCUUGGCUCAGUUUCUGGAGAAAAUGGGCAUCAAAGAAAAAAAACUUCCUCUUGGCUUCACCUUUUCGUUUCCUUGUCAGCAAACUAAAAUGGAUGAGAAAAGAAAACCUGGCAAUGUGUUGUUUUUGCAGGCUGUCCUAAUGUCUUGGACAAAAGGCUUCAAACCGACUGGAGUCGAAGGGAAGGAAGUGGUCAGUCUCUUGAGAAAGGCCAUCAAAAAAAGAGGAGUGCAGGAUUUUGACAUUGACAUUGUAGCAGUAAUCAACGACACGGUGGGAGCCAUGAUGACCUGUGGCUAUGAUGACCAGAACUGUGAGAUUGGGCUCAUUGUAGGCACAGGGACCAACGCCUGUUAUAUGGAGCAGAUGCGUCACCUGGAGGUUCUGGAGGGAGAUGAGGGCCGGAUGUGUGUGAACACUGAGUGGGGCGCGUUUGGAGACGAUGGGGGGCUGGAUGACCUGAGGACAGACAUUGACAGAGAGAUUGAUGCUGGGUCCCUCAAUCCAGGACAGCAGCUGUUUGAGAAAAUGAUCAGUGGUAUGUACAUGGGGGAGCUGGUGCGUCUCAUCCUGGUGAAAAUGACCAAACAGGGGCUCCUAUUUCAUGGGAGAGCCACUCCAGAGCUCCUCACCACAGGACACUUCAAAACCAGCUAUGUCUACGCCAUUGAGAAUGAGAGUGAGGAAAUAGGUCUGGCAGAGGCGGAGAGGGUCCUGCAGGGUUUUGGUUUGAAUCCCACUGUUGAAGACUGCAUUGGGACCCAGCGCGUCUGUGAGAUUGUCUCCACACGAGCGGCACAUUUGGUCGCUGCCACACUCGCCUCCAUCCUACGGCAAAUACGGGACAACAAGGCCGCAGAGAAACUGAGAACCACCGUUGGAGUGGACGGAUCUGUGUACAAGAAUCAUCCACAGUUUGCUAGACGACUCCACAAAAUGGUCCGCCGUCUUGUGCCUGACGUGGAAACGCGCUUCCUCCAGUCCCAGGAUGGCAGUGGUAAAGGUGCGGCCAUGGUGACUGCUGUGGCGUAUCGUUUGGCAGUUCAGCAAGCCCAGCGAAAACUCAUCUUGGACACUCUGCGUUUGAGCCGCGAGCAGCUUCUGGAGGUGAAAGAGAGAAUGAGUGACGCCAUGUUAAAAGGGCUAUCCAAACAAACACACCAACAAGCCAGUGUCAAGAUGCUGCCCUCGUUUGUCCGCUCCACACCGAAUGGGACAGAACAUGGCAAUUUCUUGGCUUUGGAUCUUGGUGGCUCCAGUUUUCGAGUAUUGUUGGUCCGAGUAAGAGCGGGUACAAAGCAUAAUGUUGAAAUGAACCAAAAAAUAUAUAGCAUACCACAGGAGAUCAUGCAAGGCACAGGAGAAGAGCUUUUCAACCACAUUGUGUCUUGCAUGACUGACUUCCUAGAGUACAAGGGGAUGAAGGGUGUUUCUUUGCCACUUGGAUUUACCUUCUCCUUCCCUUGUUAUCAAAGCAGAUUGGAUGAGGGUAUUCUUCUGAAAUGGACCAAAGGGUUUAAAGCCAGUGGAUGUGAGGGUCGAGACGUGGUGACAUUACUGAAAGAAGCAGUUCGUCGGAGAGGAGAAUUUGAUUUGAGUUUUGUAGCGGUGGUGAAUGACACAGUUGGGACAAUGAUGACCUGUGGAUAUGAGGACCCCCAAUGUGAAGUGGGACUUAUCGUGGGUACAGGAACAAAUGUCUGUUACAUGGAGGAGAUGAGAAACAUUGAACGCAUUGAGGGGGAUGAGGGCCUUAUGUGUGUGAACAUGGAGUGGGGCGCCUUUGGGGAAAAUGGAGAGCUGGACGAUUUUUGCACUGACUUUGAUCGAAUUGUGGAUGAAACCUCAACCACACCAGGAAAACAAAGGUAUGAGAAGAUGAUUAGCGGCAUGUACCUUGGAGAGAUUGUGAGGAAUGUAUUGAUAGAGUUUACAAACAAAGGCCUACUGUACCAUGGAAAGGUCUCAGAGCGACUCAAGACACGCGGCAUCUUCGAGACCAAGUUUCUGUCUCAGAUCGAAAGCGACCGCUUGGCCAUGAGGCAGGUGCGCUCCAUCCUUCAGCGGCUGGGUCUGACCGGCUCUACCUGCGAUGACAGCGUUCUGGUGAAGGAGGUGUGUACGGUGGUGGCUCGAAGAGCAGCACAGCUCUGUGGUGCUGGACUUGCUGCCGUCGUGGACAAAAUACGAGAGAAUCGCAAUUUAAACCAGCUCUCCAUCAGCGUUGGAGUGGAUGGCACACUGUAUAAGACACAUCCACAUUUUUCGAGCAUUAUGCAGGAGACACUGCAGGAUUUGGCCCCUCAAUGUAAAGUCUCGUUCCAUAAAUCUGAGGAUGGCAGUGGGAAGGGAGCGGCACUGAUCACAGCUGUGGCCUGUAGAGUUCGACAAGAGCAGCCCCACAACUGACACCAAAGCAGAUGUGUUUCGGUGGGAAGUGGGGCUAAUUAAUCUUACUCUUCAUAUGUGAGCUGUAUGGAAACUGAUAGCAAAAAAGAGUGGCCUUAAAUAGAGCAGUGACCAGCAGAACCAGUUAGAAUUAGCCACUGGUUAUAGUGUUUUUAAUAUACUCCAACCAGAAAUAGUCUUUUUUUAAUUUGGUUUUAGACAUGGAUAAACUUUAUUGAUCUACAAAUCAUUUUAUUUUGACACAAUAGCACAGUAUAAACACAGGUAAAUGUUAUGUUUACAGUAGUUUAAGGUUGAAUUAAUAUAUGUUGGAAGGUUUUAACUAAUUUACCAAUGGCUGAAGUUACCAUAUUUGGAGUAAGGUCAAAAUCUGGGUUUUAAGUAUUUGCCGUAGCUCCAUUAAAUCCGUACAGUCCCUGACAAAAGUCUUGUCGCUUAUCCAUUUUGUAGAAACAAAAGCUUAUAAACU